AUGGAUGAAGAAUACAAGACCAUUGCAUCCGCCGUCGUGGUACCUUCCGACGAGUCCCCUCGCCACAAACGUCGCCAAUCAUCGUCCCCCGAGGCUACCAAACGUGCUCGCAUAGAGGCAAACUUGGCGCCAGAGAAGCCAACUGUUAAGGAUACAAGCAAAGAUGAAGAAAAACGUCGUGGGAGACGCUUGUUCGGAGCAAUAUUAGGUACAAUCGGGAAAUUUCAAGCAGACAACUCUUCGGUUAGGGCUAGGAACAGUGCGGUCAAACGUAGAGAAGUAGAAGCGAAACUUCAGGAGAAACUCAAGGCACAGACAGAAGAGAUUGAUGAGAAGCUUAAACGGGAGGACGAGGGCAUUAAUCACCGCAAGAUGGUGGAGCAAAGGCAAUUUGAUGAGCGCGCUAUGCAGAUUCGCCAUGACAGUUUACUCAACCAGGCACACACCCUGAGCACAAAGUCGUCUCCGAAGUUGUUUUACCUCCCAUGGAAGCUCACCCCCGAAGAGGAAGAACGCAUCAAACUACAGGUACUCGCGGCCCAGGACAUUAUCGAUAGAGAGCAGCGUGAAUUACAGCAAAAUCGCGGGACUCUUGGGGGAGAUGACCAAAAUUCAGGAACGGCUAACAUCCAAGAACCGGACGUAGCAACUGAUCGUUAUGACGCUCCAGAACUCGCUGAAGACAGGACCCAUGAGGAUGAAGACAUGGUAUAUGAAGCACCUGAGGAUCCCGCUACUAACCUUGACAAUGCUCCUGUUGAAGAGCAACAUCAGAGACAUGCUUCCGAUGUUGAUCUUGGGGAUGUGAGUGUUGAGGAAGCUGGGGAGGAUGCAGUGAUAUACUAAAAGAUCCCAUGACAAGAAACCUUUCAUGCCUUCUCACUUUUUUCGUGCCAUCCUUACAGCUAGUAGCACUCGAGGAUUAUCUCUUGUUCUCCUUUACCUUUAAUGGCACAAACUCUGCUUUGAUUGUACUAUUUUAAUCGAUGGUCGGGAGUUCUUUUUCUUUUUCGUUUUCUUUUUUCUUAGAGGUAGGGGAAAGGUUAGGUUCGGAAGUUAGGGGGGAAAGACCGGGACGGUCACUUAUAUCAUAGCGUUUCUGAUUCACCAAUGCUGGUUUCUGCCUGGCAAUGUAUUUUUAUCAUUUUUUUUUUCUACGAUAAGUUAGCACGGACAAUCUACAUUUUGUGGGGUUCCAAGA